AAAUCUCGAUCCCUCCCUCUCCCUCGCCGACCUCGAGAGACGCCGUUUUGCGGAUGCCGUGAACCCAAUGUCGAAACGCUACGUGCCUCCGCUACCUCCUCCCUCGCAACAAUCAAGCCCUUUGUUCAAGCAGCGGUCAUGGUCUCCUGACGCUGAGCGAGACGAGGCGUGGCUCAGGCGGAAGGAAGUUUACGGCUCGGGGCUCCGCCGUAGUCAGAGCUUCACAGAAGAUGAUUUGGAUGAGCUCAAAGGUUGUUUAGAUUUAGGUUUCGGCUUCGAACCAGAUUCGCCUGUGUUAGAUCCGAAACUAUCCCAUGCUUUACCCGCUUUGCCGUUUUACUGUGCCGUUAAUCGUCAGUACAAUGGCAGGAUAUCGAGGUCGUCGUCCGCAUCAUCGAUGGACUCUUUUAGUGACGCCGGUAGCACUAACUCGAUAAUUGAUCAAGGCGAUGAUCCGGAGAUGGUUAAGAUUAAGUUGCGUCAAUGGGCUCAGGUGGUGGCAUGUUCGGUGCGGCAGUUUCCACGGGGACCAAAGUGAUUUGUUGUGGAGGUUUUCUUUUCUUGUGUACUUUUUGUAUAGAGGCGAUAACAAUUUUUGAUAUAGUAAUUAGUUUUUAGUUCUAAACUUCAAUUUUGUAUUCUAAUACAUGAUUUAGGUUUAGGGUUUAGGAAUACUAGAAAAUUUUAAAGUGUGCUGGAUUGGAUUGUUGUUAAAUUUUAUUUUAUUUUUAUUGAAAACUAGUGAUUUUUAUUAGAAAA